CCUAACCCUGCAUUUCUACACACACCUGCCGUCGUCUCAACCGGAGCAAUGGGUCGCGUCAUCCGAGCUCAACGUAAGGGAGCAGGCUCCGUCUUCAAGUCCCACACACACCACCGGAAAGGCCCAGCCCGUUUCCGUUCCCUCGACUUCGGCGAGCGCAACGGCUACCUAAAAGGGGUCAUUACCGAAAUCAUCCACGACCCAGGCCGCGGAGCUCCCCUGGCUCGCGUUACGUUCCGGCACCCGUUCCGGUACAAGCACCAGAAGGAAUUGUUUGUGGCCGCUGAGGGGAUGUACACCGGCCAGUUUGUGUUUUGUGGGAAAAAGGCUAACUUGAUGGUCGGAAAUGUGCUGCCGCUUAGAUCGAUUCCGGAAGGAGCUGUGGUUUGUAAUGUGGAGCAUCAUGUUGGGGAUCGAGGCUCGUUUGCUAGAGCCAGUGGGGAUUAUGCGAUUGUUAUUAGUCAUAAUCCGGAUAAUGGUACCACUAGAGUGAAGCUUCCAUCCGGGGCAAAGAAAAUUGUGCCAAGUGGAUGCCGUGCUAUGAUCGGUCAAGUUGCAGGUGGAGGACGUACCGAGAAGCCGAUGCUCAAGGCCGGUAACGCAUACCACAAGUUCCGCGUCAAGAGAAACUGCUGGCCUAAGGUUCGUGGUGUUGCUAUGAACCCCGUGGAGCAUCCUCAUGGUGGUGGUAACCAUCAACAUAUUGGUCACGCCAGUACUGUUCGCCGUGAUGCACCACCCGGUCAAAAGGUUGGUCUCAUUGCCGCUAGGAGGACUGGUCGUCUCAGAGGUCAAGCUGCCGCUACUGCCGCCAAGGCUGAUAAGUAGUGAACUGAUGUUACGGGUGUUGAUUUUAGCUUUUUGUUUUUUACCUUUGCAUCUGCUACUUUCAUGUUUUGUUUUUGACUUGAAUCUGCAACUGAAAUGUUGAUCAUUACAUCAUGUUUGAAAGUUUUGUAGUAGUUUUUACUUAUUUUUAUGGAUUUAUUCUUGUUAGCCUUU